AAGUUUGACAGAGCGCUGCUCUUCUUCCAGCUGAAGUUCAGCGUCGCUGCUGUGGCGGCCAAUGUGAAUGAGAGAGUGAGCGAGUGAGCGAGAGAGCGAGUGUGCGAGAGAGAGAGAGAGAGAGAGAGAGAGGGAGGGAGCGAUCUCCACAACACACACGCGCGCACGCACGCACUCUCAGCGGAGCGACGCUUCUUCACCGCUUUCUGCUUUGCUGUUGCAUGUGCAAGACAGACGCGCGUACGAGACGACGCGAGUCAAACACCGUGGUGUUGACAGGAGGGCACGACUAGAGAACGGGAGAGAGAGAGAAGAUCUCACAACUUCUUCCAGCGCGUUUUUUUCUUUCUCCCUUUUUCGGGUGGGAUUUUGCCAUGGAUGUGCUACCGAUGUGCAGCAUCUUUCAGGAGCUUCAGAUUGUCCACGACACGGGCUAUUUCUCAGCCUUGCCCUCGCUGGAGGAAUACUGGCAACAGACCUGCUUGGAGUUGGAGCGCUACCUGCAGAGUGAACCUUACGUCUCUGCGUCCGACCUGAAGUUUGAGAGCCAAGAGGACCUCUGGAGCAAACUGAUCCUGGCAUGCGGGGACUCAAAGGGCGACCUGGACUCAAAUGGAAACCUUGCACGGGUCAAGGAGGACCCAGACAAUCAGGACAGCCAGGCCCUGGAGACCAACAGCGUCAACUCAGAUGCCAGCAGCGAGGCUUCGGACAGCUCUGAGGAGCUCUCGCCCACUCACAGCUUUAGCUCCAACCCGCUGGGCUCGGUGCUGGCCGAGACGGGACACUUGGGUUCGUCCAUCAUCGCCACUCCUCCAUCCUCUCCGGAGGCACUGCAGGAGCCCAGCGUGGCACAGGUUUGGGGGUCCAUACAGACUGAACUGUCCCUGCCCGUCAAGAUCAGACAUGGGGGCAUGGCCAAGGUUUCGGGCACGGAUAAGUCGGGUUCGGCCGGAGGGGACGCGUCUCCGGACGGGAGGAGGCGAGUGCACCGGUGUCACUUCAACGGCUGCCGGAAAGUUUACACAAAGAGCUCUCAUUUAAAAGCACAUCAGCGCACUCACACAGGUGAGAAGCCGUACAGGUGUUCAUGGGAAGGCUGUGAGUGGCGUUUUGCGCGCAGCGAUGAGCUAACCCGGCACUUCAGGAAGCACACGGGUGCAAAGCCAUUUAAAUGCAGUCACUGUGACAGGUGUUUCUCCAGGUCAGACCACCUGGCCCUGCACAUGAAGAGGCACCUCUAAAGCAGGUUGUGUCCGUGCGCCGUGUGGGGAUAUGUUCAUUUGUAUCCUAACCAGCCUCCUGGUUGACCUGCCCUUUUGUUUAAGGGAGGGUAGUGGAGUGUUCCAGCCAAAGCAUGCCAUUUUGCACCGAAUCCUGUGCCUCCGGGUCCCUCGGGAGAAAGGCCUACUGACUGGUUGUGGAAAAAAAAAAAGAAAAGAGAAGAGGACAAGACAAAAUCAUGCGCGAAGAUGCGAUAAAUGAAGGACUUUAAAAAAAAAAAAAAAAAAAAGAAUAUUUACAAAAAAGAGGGGAAAAAAUAUCAGACAAAAACAACAAACGAAUGAAUGAAUGGUGUGUGCUGUAUGGUGCAUGUUUUGGGACAACUCCUGGACAACCAAUACACUGGUACUUAUUAAAAAAAAGCCUGUCUGAGGGUGAACGAAUGCGGUCGCUGAGUGUGAGGGUGACUGGUGCGUGAGUUGAGGAAAAGGCUGGGAUGGGGGGCUACCAGUGUGUCGCUGCAGACUGAGUGGUGUUGGGGGGAAAUCAAGUUCCGUUUUUUGUUCUGUGAGGGGGGAAAAAUGUGUCUGCUUGUCAGUGUGGAAGCAGGGACUCUUGCCAAACUCCCCCAGGCUCUGUAUCACAAAGGGGACAAGGAGGUUUUGGUUACGUCUAAACCCACCCACCCGUACAAAACUCCCUUUUUAAAGGGUCUGCAGAGUUCCCGGCCCUGAAUGAAAGUGGCUUUUUGGUGUUUGGUGCAGCUACUAAAUGUGCAAUGUGUUCAGUAGCUUGUUUUCUCGACAAGCUACAAAAAAGCUCUUUUGUUGUCCAUUGUAUAAGCUGUGUGCUUAGAGAUAAAAACACAAAAACUAUAACUUCACUAUCAUAGACAGGUGUUGCAUGGUAUUAGGGUUUGUACUCCUUUUUUUCCUGUUCUUUGUUAUCAGGACUGCUAAUAGAUUCCAAUAAAGUGCAGCUAAAUACGAA